GGGGGCUGCCGAGAGUGCGGGUGCCGGCGCCAGAGGUCGCCUGCACGCGCCCUAGCAGAGCCCUGGGCACCAUGCCGCGGCGCCUGCAGCCCCGGGGCGUGGGCACAAAGGGCCCGCCCGCCACGGCCGCUGGGGCUUCGGGAGCCACCCCACGCCCGCACCGUGCAGCCGCCGCCGCGGACCCCCCGAAGUCGGCCACGCCACUACUGCGCUGGGACGAAGUGCCCGACGACUUCGUAGAGUGCUUCAUCUUGUCGGGCUACCGGCGGCUGCCUUGCACGGCUCAGGAGUGCCUGGCCUCGGUGCUGAAACCGACGAACGAGACACUCAACUUCUGGACGCAUUUCAUCCCACUGCUGCUGUUCCUGAGCAAGUUCUGCCGCCUGUUCUUCCUGAGUGGCCGCGAUGUGCCCUUCCAUCACCCGUGGCUGCUGCCGCUGUGGUGCUACGCGUCGGGCGUGCUGCUGACCUUCGCCAUGAGCUGCACGGCGCACGUGUUCAGCUGCCUGUCGCUGCGCCUGCGCGCCGCCUUCUUCUACCUGGACUACGCGUCCAUCAGCUACUAUGGCUUUGGCAGCACUGUGGCCUACUACUACUACCUACUGCCGGGCCUGAGCUUGCUGGACGCCAGAGUCAUGACUCCAUAUGUGCAGCAGCGCCUGGGGUGGCAUGUGGACUGCUCGCGCCUCAUAUCGGCCUACCGUGCCCUGGUGCUGCCCGUAGCCUUCGUGCUGGCAGUGGCCUGCACCGUGGCCUGCUGCAAGAGCCGCACCGACUGGUGCGCCUACCCAUUCGCGCUGCGCACCUUUGUCUUUAUCAUGCCACUCAGCAUGGCCUGCCCCAUCAUGCUUGAGAGCUGGCUCUUUGACCUGCGUGGGGAGAACCCCACGCUUUUCGUGCACUUUUACCGCCGGUACUUCUGGCUGGUGGUGGCCGCCUUCUUUAACGUGAGCAAGAUCCCCGAGCGCAUCCAGCCGGGCCUCUUCGACAUUAUUGGCCACAGCCACCAGCUCUUCCACAUCUUUACCUUUCUCAGCAUCUACGACCAGGUGUAUUACGUGGAAGAAGGCCUGCACCAGUUCCUCAAGGCGCCACCUGCGGCGCCCACCUUCUUGGGUACAGUGGGCUACAUGCUGCUGCUGGUGAUCUGCCUGGGGCUGGUCAUCAGGAAGUUUCUAAACGUCUCUGAAUUCUGCUGUAAGAAGUGAGCCUUCGCCUUGAAGGAGGCUGCUGGUUGGCCCACCUGUUUGUUUGGAGUCACUUGUUGCUUUUGUUGGUUUGUUUUUCAAGUUUCGUUGUGUUUCCUUGUUUGUUAGAGGAAGGUGCUGCAAACCCACAGCAGGGGAAAGCCCAGCUGCUACAAGGGGAUUCCAGGGCGCUUGGGGCUUUGGAAGAGAGAGAGGGGGACAUGCAGGGGGAAGAGGCCACUAGUUCUUGCCCCUGGAAAAACUCAGGUGGUAGUCUGGAGAGUCUUUGACAUGCAAGGAUUUCAAAGGCAGCGAAUAAAAUCCCAAAUAAAACCCCAAACAGUUCACUUUUCUAAUUGUCUUCUGUGCCCAGGAUAAUAAAUAAUCCUUGUAAGUCAGGUAUGCAGUAAAGAAGGUAAAUAGACAAAAUCCCCUGGUACUUCCAUUUCAGUCUGAGGAAUGCUUGGAUUUAUCAAAAGAAUAGAGCUUUGUAUAGGAGACGGGCACAAAGGGCUUAACCUGCUAGAAAAUGCAUGGAAUGUGAACAAAACUUAAUUAUUCCAAAUUUUUUAUUCUCAGAUGUUAUUUAAAUAAUAAUAUAUACAAUGAUUUUUCAUAAUUUAUACAAAGCCUGUGAUAUGCACUGAGUUUUCCUUGUCACAUAGUUUUGAAUUUUGCAGCUCUUCUGCAUUGCACACAUUUGAACUGGACAUCAGGGCAAAGCUGCUUGAGAGUUCUCAACUACUUUUUUAAACAGUGUUUUCUGAAGGCCUGUGUGUGUCAUGAUAAAACUGUGAGUUAUUCUACCGAAGGGACUCUAGUGAAACUACUGGUGAGGAGCUUGAGUGGUUUGUAUAGAUCCCAGAUUGUAUUUAAUGUAUGUCACAGAACCCACCCUGGUUUUUUGUUUUGUUUUGUUCUAUUUUAAUCUUAUUCUUUCCUUUUCUACUUAUUUAAAUUGCCACUGGAAUAAAUGUGCCUUUUGAGGCAAUGCCCAA